AAGUUCCCAUUACGGGCGAAGAGGCAUGUGUUGCAGUUUGGCAGUAUGAUCAGAUGUGAAACUGGCAGAUCAGCUUUUGAUUAUCUUGGCUAUGGUUGUUAUUGCGGUUUGGGGGGAAAAGGAACACCUGUGGACGGGGUUGACAGGUGCUGUCAGGAGCAUGAUGCUUGUUACGAUCGCAUUAUAAACUCCGGAAUCUGUCCUUCUGACAAUGAUGUUUACUAUGAAUUUUACUCACGGGUUGGAUGCAGCGGAUGCGCUAGUAGACCAAGCAAUAAUGCAUGUGAACUUGCCAUCUGCAAAUGUGACAGUGUUGCAGCUAGAUGUUUUGUCAGGAACACAUUCAAUUCGCAGUAUGAAGAUUAUCCCGAUGACCAAU